AUGACGUAUAUUUUAGUGCAUGGAUGGCAUGAAAAUUCCACUCAGGAAGAGUAUGAAUUACUCGCACGAAACUAUCAUGCUUUAGACUACUUUGCGAAUAUUAUUUUAGUUGAUUACGGUGAAUUAGCACAAGCGCCUUAUGUUGAAGCUCCUGCUAUUGUACGAAGAGCUGGUGCUAUUAUAGGAAAUAAAAUCAUCGCUUUAAUCAACUUGGGAUUGCUGCAUGUGAAACGUAUCAAUGUCUUCAGUCAUUCAUUAGGUACUCAUGUAGCUGGUAAAGCAGCACGUUUGAUAAAAGAUGUAUUAAGUGACAGGAUAGCAAGGAUAUCAGCGUCUGAUCCGGCAGGUCCUCUUUUUCGUGCGCCUUUUGGUUUGGGGCCACUUUCAGAUUCGUUGACUAAAGAAGAUGCUGAUUUGUUGGAUAUUACUCAUACUAGUUAUAUUGCUGGGACGUUUGAAGCGUUUGGAACUGUUGAUACCUAUGUAGGAUUGAUAAGAGGACGACAGCCUGCUUGUUUGGGUGAAAGGUUGACCGACCAGUUGUUGUUUUGUGAUCAUAGAUUGGCGAGAGCAUACUUUACGGAAUCCAUUUUGUCAUGUGGGUUUCAUCAGAAUCGCACGGGAUUGUUCAGAAGUGAGGUUAGGAUUAUUUAUGGGGAACACAUGCCAUUGAAUGCAAGUGGAAUUUUUACUAUGCAAGUGAAUGCGAAGCCUCCUUAUGCACAAGAUGUUAAUACUUAUCCAAACUGUUGA